GAAUGAUGGAGGAAUCGCGGGAUUUAUUGAUGUCGACGUUGAUGGAAUCUGGGGUUUUGAUUCCCGGAGAUUUCUCUUCCGUCGGUGAAUUUUCUUCGGAGGCUUUGGUAUCGAUCUGUGCUCAGUUGCUUAACCUCAUUGACCCAUCGGCGUCCUUCUGCGAUGAACUACCUGAUUCUCUCCCCGAAAGGUUUAAGAUCUGCACCGACAUCGCUCUGUCUGUGAAGAACCUAGGCUACGUAGGCGACAUGAGUUAUUAUAAGUUUCUGCAUCCAUCUGAAGAGGACUCGUUUAGGUUGGUUAGAUUCUUGGUUGGGAGGCUCUCGGAAAAAAAUGAAGGACUAAAAACUUCUCCGUCUGGUGAUGUAGUAGCAAGCAGGCCAAAGGUCGAAAAUUUCAGAGAUAUUUCAGAUGACAGAAUGGUGAAGGAGGACAAUCGUGAGACUUUUGAUAUGCAUAUACAGCAGGUUGAAGCUGUCCUAAAAGAUCUUACAACGACUACUGAGAUCUCUCAUGCAAAAAGUGCUUCAUCCAAUGGUUCUUCCAUUGUUGACCUCUCCUCCUUAAAAACAGAUGACCCUGUUACUGAUGAACCAUCAGAUCUUUCAUUGAAACAGUCAUCUGGAAAUGAAGAAAAUUCCUCUGAUGACCCAUCUGAGAAAAAUUAUGAAACUGUUGAGUUACAGAAUCAACAUAAUUUACUCUUGGAGGAACUAGAAUCUGGAUCUUCAGAGCUAUGCAGUCUUGACAGUGAGCUGAAGCUGUUGAAGAUGGCUGCGGAGAGAUUAUUGAAUAGCAAACAGACGGGUGGGUCAUAUCUCGAACAGCUUAAUCAACAACUAGUUGUCAAAAGGUGUAAUAUCACGGAUCUUAAAAAGCAAUGGGACGAUGUAAGGCUCACUUUGGAAACUAAAAGGCUACGCCUUUUGGACCAACUUCAUGUGGAGAAGCCAGAGGCUAAAGAGAAAGUCCAUAAGUUGAGAAAGACUGAACUGGAGCUACAUUCUCUCUCAUCAGAAAUUCAAAUGAGGGAAGAUGAACGAUGUAACCUAUACACUCAACUUGAGAGGCAGCCAAAAGCAGCGCCGCGGAAGUCUUAUAUCCAUGGGAUUAAAGAAAUAACUAAAAAUAGCCGUAAACUGGACAGUGAUAUUCAGAAAAUUUCAGGGGAGACGAGGGAGCUACAGUUAGAAAGCAACUCAAUCCAAGAACGCCUGCACCGAUCAUAUGGUUUUGUGGAUGAUAUGGUUACAAGGGAAGUGAAAAAGGAUCCAGCCGUACGACAGGUCUACAAGCUAGUGACCAGCGUCCACGGUAUUUUUGAGCAAAUCUCCGCAAAAAUUCUCAUGACUGAUCGGCUAAGAAGAGAAGCAGUCGACUAUGAGAAGAAGCUGGGAUCCAUCACAGCUCGAGGCAUGAGUCUGGAGAAAUUACAAGCAGAUCUCGAUGCCAUCAGGAAAGAGAACGAAAGUCUUGAGAAA